AUUUAUAUAUAAAUUUUCUGGCUGUUCCUCACACUCUCCCAAGAGAGCCAGAGAGAGUGCAGCCUUGCCUCGCUGGUGAUCCAUUCUAGAGAGAGAAACACUUCUUUCACUCUCUCUCUAUGAUGGCCGACGAUCCCAUGCCCACGCGCUGGUCUUUCCAGGACUUCAAAUUUUAUUAUGAUGCUAAGUUUGGUAGGAAGAAGGCUGAGAAGAAUGGCGAGACUGCUGAUGAAGCGGUGGUAAGUAAUGGAGGUUCAUUGGGCAUUGUGUCCAAUGGCAAUCCACAUGCAAAAAAGGCAUCGGAAAUGGCUGUCUAUGAGCAGUUUCGAACUGAGGGGCAGAACCAGAUACACUCAAAUGAAUUUUCGCCGGUUAAUAUGGAUGAAAGGCCGCAUAAGUCUUUGCUUCCACCUUUUGAGUCUGCAGAAAUGCGAACUUUAGCAGAGAGCCUAAGUAGGGAUAUCAUUCGUGGAAGUCCAGAUGUAUCGUGGGAAAGUAUCAAGGGCUUAGAGAAUGCCAAACGUUUGCUGAAAGAGGCUGUUGUGAUGCCAAUUAAGUAUCCCAAGUACUUCACGGGUCUGUUAUCACCAUGGAAGGGCAUCCUCCUCUUUGGACCACCAGGAACAGGAAAGACAAUGCUUGCUAAGGCAGUUGCGACAGAGUGCAAGACUACCUUUUUUAAUAUUUCAGCAUCAUCUGUAGUUAGCAAAUGGCGAGGUGAUUCGGAGAAGUUAGUGAAAGUGUUAUUUGAACUUGCAAGGCAUCAUGCACCCUCAACAAUAUUUCUUGACGAAAUUGAUGCAAUCAUUAGUCAACGUGGGGAAUCUCGUAGUGAACAUGAAGCAAGUAGACGGUUGAAAACUGAGCUUCUUGUUCAGGUGAUGCUUGUUUCUUACAUUGAACAUACUUUUUAUAAUCAAGUUAGUUAACUCCACCCAUUUCAU